GUGCGGUUUUGCAUUUUUCAAGUGUGACCGGUUUGAAUAAUCAGCCGUCGGUACCUACCCACAUACAUAUGCUGACAACAGUGACGACAAGAGAAGUUCUCUUCUGAUAGUCCACCGCCUUGCCUCCUGCUACGUAGUUGAUAGUGAUGCACUUUUGCUAAAUAGUUGAUGAGGCCCUCGUCGUCGGUGUCCAGACGGUUGUGUCAGUCUUGAAUUGGAAGCGCAGCAGUUCAGUUGCGCAGUGAUCUUCUUGUGAAUUGAUCUCAAUUGAAAAUAAUUUUCAUUAAAUCUACUGGCAGUGGUCUACAUAGCAACUAAACAUAAUGGCUCUGGAAAUUAAAAACGUGCUCGUGUGCGAUGCGGUUGACAAUUCGUGCGUAAAACUGUUGCAAGAUCAUGGAAUUACAGUUGAUUAUAAACUAAAGUUAUCCAAGGAACAGCUGGUUGCUGAAGUAAAGGGCUAUGAUGCUGUCAUCGUACGUUCCGAUACGAAAAUUACCGCGGAAGUAUUGAACGCCGGCUCCGGAAAACUGAAGGCGGUUGGCCGGGCAGGAGCAGGAGUUGACAAUAUUGACAUUGCUGCUGCCACCAGAAACAACGUUAUCGUCUUGAACGCUCCCGGAGGGAAUUCUAUCUCGGCAUGUGAGCUGACGUGUUUCCUAAUUGGCGCGUUGGCACGCCCGUUCUGUCCAGCAGCAAGCAGCAUGAAGGAGGGUCGCUGGGACCGCAAGUUGUACUCGGGAAGUGAACUCUACGGCAAAACGCUGGCAAUUCUGGGCUUGGGACGGAUCGGCCGGGAGGUCGGCGUUCGUAUGAAUGCGUUUGGUAUGCGAGUCAUCGGAUUUGAUCCGAUUACAACGGCCGAAGAAGCACGGGCGGCUGGCAUCGAGAAAAUGGAGCUGGAGCAAAUUUGGCCACUGGCGGAUUACAUUACCGUCCACACACCGUUGAUUCCGGCGACGAAGAAUCUGAUUUCGUCUACCACCUUGUCCAAAUGUAAGAAAGGAGUUCGCGUCGUAAACGUGGCUCGAGGCGGCAUUGUUGACGAGGUUGGUCUUCUCGACGCUCUCGAAAGUGGUCAAUGCGGUGGAGCAGCCCUCGACGUGUUUCCCGAGGAACCACCGAAAUCGGAAACUAGCAAAAAACUCAUCAAUCAUGCUAAGGUCGUUGCAACACCCCAUCUAGGAGCCAGCACGUCAGAGGCACAGGUGCGAGUUGCCGUUGAAGUGGCUGAGCAGUUUAUCGCUCUGACGGGAAAAUCGGCUGCCUAUACCCAGUAUGGGGGUGUAGUUAAUCGAGAGGUUUUGAAGAAUGUAUUUUGAAUUGGAUUAGGAAUGGAUAUUUUUAGUAUAGAUAAUGGUUUCAUCGAAUGAGGAGUGUUUUGUGUUUUCUGUUGGAUAUGAUACGUAAUGGAGAUUAAUAACCUACAAUGACAUUAAUGCAAAUAAUUCAUUAAAGGCAUAAAAAUAAACGGAAGUAUCAAAAUUUUA